AUGUCAGCAAGCGAUAUAUUUCGACAGCUGCAAGCCGAUAAAGAAAAUACUCGCUGCUUUGACUGCGGAAAAGCUGGAGCUCAAUGGGCUUCAGUUUCUCAUGGCAUCUUCCUCUGCUUAGAGUGUUCAGGCCAGCACCGUUCUUUAGGAGUUCACAUAAGUUACGUAAGAUCUCUCACAAUGGACACAUGGUCUCCCAAGCAGCUUCAGCUUAUGUCUAACGGAGGAAACAGGCGACUUAGGGAAUAUUUUACCUCUUAUUCUAUGCCCCAGUGCAGUACAAUUCAAUUCAAGUAUUAUACAAAAGCAGCUGAAUAUUAUAGAGAGCUUCUCAAAGCUGAGGUCGAAAGGCGUCAAUUAAGCUAUCCACCUCCCACCCCUUCUAUAGCCCUUCAGCCUUAUGCUCAAGCCCCUUCUCCUAGGCCUCAAGUUCCUCGUCCUGUGGAUACUCGUACAUCAAUAGAAAACCCUAAUUUCUCGACAAAUUGCAGAUCUGAUUAUUCUCGAUCUGAUGAAAAUUCAUCAUGGUGGGGAACUUCAAAAGCACUCCUUGGUGGGGCUGUUUCUAAAGCUUCUGAAUGGACUUCUCUCGCUGUAGAAACAGUAAAAGACAAUGGACUUAUUGGGAGCAUCAAAAGCAGGGCAUCUGUUGUGCUAGACAAAUCCAAAGAAAUAGGUGGAAAUUUGGCUGACAAAAUAAGGGAAACUAAUAUUGGGGAAAAAUCAUUAGACGCACUAAGUACAGUUGGAGGAUAUGUGUCUGAAGGAGCUUAUGCAGCUUAUAAUAAAGUAAAAGGGAAGCCUUCUUUGUAUAGAGAUAUUGAUGAUCUGCCUAAUGAUGUAGGGGAGAAGUUGUAUAAUGUUAAGGAUAAUUCUCAGUAUGGAGGACAGCCGAAGGGAAACUAUGUACCACCUCAAGGUGAGUUUAGCUGAAAAAAGGAUGAAAAUUUGAUGCAGCCGAAACAUGUAUAUAUUAGAUUUAUUAAAUCCAAUCCUAAAUAAGACCUGGUCUAGGAUCUGAACUCUGCGGAAUUGUUUACCUAACAUUUCUAUCCAUUUCUGGUUUGCAAAACCUUCCCAGAUAUACUCCCUACCUAGUGGCCAGCCGGAAGGUCGCCGCGGGGAAGGGCUUGCUGCCCAGAGAAAAUUGCCAGUGAUGGCUCUUUGGGGUCGAUGCUCCGGGGAGUUUUGGGAAUUCUAGGAGUUGUGGGAGCCCUGGUGUUGUGGGAUUUAUUGGAGAGAUCUGGCAAAUGCAGAGAGACUAUAUUGACUGAAUGCAGAGAGACUAUAUUUGAUUGAAUGCAAAAACGGCUCAAUCUAUGAAAGUGAAGUUGGAAGCUACUCGAAUUGGAAGCAAGUAGAAAAAAUCAACAAUAAUAAGGUAGGGUAGGGUAUAAGUAAACUUUUUCUUCUUCUUGCCAGAUAUAAUUAAAUAUGUGUUUGAGGCUGGAUGGCCGGGAGCCCUGAUGAGACGCCAUAUUUAAUUAUUAUGCAGCCUAAACAAGAUCAGAAGUAUUUUAAUUACAAUAGGGCGGAACCAAAUCGAACGUUUGGGUACCAGAAAGAAAUAAAUUACAACCAAGAUAGAGGAUAUUAUCAAAGAGAAGAAAGGAGCUACCAAAGAGAAGAGCCAAGGUAUUAUCAAGAGCAAAGAAACUAUUAUCAAAAUGGGACAAGAUCCCAAACGUUUGAGGAGGUUCCUGAUUUUUUGACUGGAGAUAUUAAAUAG